AUGUUACGGAUUCAAUUCGAAAUCUCAAACUCAAAUAUAAAAAAAUAUGUGUUUAUAAAUUUAGCCAUAUGUAUUGUAUUGACGUAUUUCGAGUUAAUAAAUUCAGUAAACUACAUUACAUUCUUCAUUGUCGUCGGAGCUGUAUUAAAGGGGAAUAUCAUUAGUGCUAUGCCUUACGCACUGAUCCUAACGGCAAUCGGAUGCGUUUUUGACACUUUUUCUGUUUUUUUCCGCACCACUGAUUAUGAUAAUUCGAGUUGGGCCUAUAUCAAAUUUCUUCAUUGUAUUAUGAACAUUUUCAUUCUCCUGUAUAUGUUCCUCUACAUAUUGAUGUUAUAUUGUUAUUGGCUGCAUUCUAUGACCGUGGCUCAAAAAAAACAAAUAAGACUCCAAUUGGGCUUAUAUGAUGUAGAUACAAUAUAGAAUUAUCCUGCUCAAAAGGAAAAAUAUCUACUA